UUCAUGGAUUACGUUCAAAACUGUGCUAUAACCUAGAAAUAUUUGCGCAAUUUAAUUUUAAUUCGUAUUUCUAUAGCGGUGUUGUAUAUAAGAAAAGAAAUAUGUUCCGAAGAGGAAAUCUGGCCUCGAAGUAUAGGGAAUACGCGAAAUCAUUGAAAUUCCUAAAGAGCAAUUUGUCGGAGAGCGAUGUAUCCAGAAAGGCCGUAGCAAAAUGCGAAGAAGUUCUGCAAACCUUAAAGACACACAAGAUAUCCCAUACACAGGUGAUUGAUAAGUACAGGAAAACUCUAGCAGUAGUCCAAAGCAAAUUUGGUGCUUCUACUUCUAAUAAUGAGGAUUCUCGUUGGAAGGAGCUGCAAUCUAGACUUAGUCUUUCUAAUACAUCAAGAAGGAAUAUUUUCACAACUGGUGCCAUAGGAGUUUUCAGUUCGAAUGCUACCCCAGUUUCAGUCACAGAUACAGCGGUUGAGGUCUUGCCGGAGGCUCCGGUUGUUCCCGAUGUUGCUGCACAGAUUGUCACACAAUUGAACGCCUUGGGAGAGCCAACCUUUGCAUCACAAGGUUUAGGUGGAUGGACUCCAGUGGGUAUUGUGCAGAACUGUUUCGAAUACCUUCACGGCUCGUUGGGAAUCCCCUGGUGGGAAGCCAUAGCUAUUGGAACACUCGUUAUCAGGUUCUGCUUGUUCCCGUUGGUCAUUAUGGCGCAAAGAAAUGCUGCAAAGAUGAACAACAACAUGCCGCAGAUGCAGGUAAUUCAAUUGAAGAUGACCGAAGCGAGGCAAAGCGGAAACCAAUUGGAGGUGGCCAGGUAUUCUCAAGAACUUAUGACUUUCAUGCGGGAGAAGAACAUGAAUCCGUUCAAGAAUAUGAUCGUGCCGUUGGCGCAGAUGCCUGUGUUCGUCUCGUUCUUCAUGGGAUUGAGGGAGAUGGCCAACGUACCUUUGGAUAGUAUGAGAACGGGCGGUCUGUUCUGGUUCACUGAUCUUACCGUUCCCGAUCAAUUCUUCAUAUUACCUAUUAUCACCAGUGCAACCCUAUGGGCUACAGUCGAGCUCGGCACAGACUCGGCUAAACUGUCAGCGCAAAACAUGCAAACCAUGAAAUACGUCUUAAGGGCUUUACCGAUUGUUAUUCUGCCCUUCACCGUUAACUUCCCUGGAGCCAUUCUUUGUUAUUGGAUGGCAAGUAACUUUAUUUCUCUAGCGCAAGUAGGUUUCCUCAGGAUACCAGCAGUGAGAACGUACUUCGAUAUAGACGCUCUUCUCACGCACAACCCGAAAAAUUUACCAAUUAAAAACAAGGGUUUCGUAGGAGGAAUUAAAGAAUCAUGGACUAAUAUUAAGAUCACUAAGGAAUUGGAGGAGAGGCGAAGAUUGGACGAGAUGCAAUUCCAGAGGGCAGGAAAAGGACCUUUGGUUAAGACUUACAAAUACGAUCCGACCAAGCAGGCGCCUAAGGUCGCCGCAAAGAACCGAUAAAUCUUGUCGAUUUAACUAUAUUAAAAAAUAAACAAUUCGUAUUAGA